UACGGGCACUCAGCGCUGUUUGUUAGACCGACAGCCUCACUGGUCAUUUCAGUGCUGAGAAGUUCAAUGCUUUUCUAAUUUCUCUUGCUGAUUCUGACAAAUCUUUAAACAUUUGAUAUCUCAAUUUUUCUUGAGUGAGAUCUAGAAAACCUCGAAUUGCUUCUGUGUGCAGCUACUCGACACAGUAGACUAUACAUAUAUAGUGGAUCUCCAAUUCGGUGUGUAUUGGGUGGCUGUUUGCUGAGUACAUAUUGUUGGGUGAGUGUGGAUCCCACCCAGUGUGUACAUAUUGGGUGGCUGUGGUCUACCUGGAUACAGGCUGAAUCUCAAAUAAUAAGGGAAGGUCUUUUUACCAGCUGGCAUGGCAUAGGAUAUGUUUGUGUGGGCUGCUGGAAACAAUGGUGUUUUCAUCUCGUUACUCAACAUCAGGAUAAAUUAAGUCACUAAAACAACAAAAUGCCCAAAAAAGGCAAUCCGUCUUUCUACAACUCGAGUUAUAUGACUCCAAGGAAAGCACCUCCCAGGCCAAGAAUUUUCAAAGAGGAUCGCUUCCGACUUUCAGAAAUCUUAAAAGAGGCUGAGAAAGAUUACAGAUUCAAACAGAAUGAAAUCUUCAAACGCAUGAAAAUAACAACAUUUGUUCAGUUGUUGGUACAAGUUGCUGAUUAUGACCUAGACACCAGUUCACAAUACAGCAAUGGCCAGUACACAGACAGAACGAAUACAGAUCGGCCAGACACAGCUGACAUAGAGGUCCAGAAAAUUCAGAAGGGUAGUUCACCCAGCCAAACAGAAAGGAAUGGGGCUGCAGGGGACACACACAGAGAAGCUCAAUCAAAGCUGGAAAAUGUUGUAAAGGGUGUUGGGGAGAUUCGUGAAAAUAAACCACAAACUCAAAGACUAUUAAGUGAUUGUCCGUACCUGUUGUUGGAUGUGCGAGAGAGUGACAGUUACAACCAGUGUCAUAUAAUAACAUCAAAGAGCUACCCUACAGCAAUGUUAUCAAGAAUGUAUAACCAAGACACAGAGGAAAUGCGUGCCUAUAAAAACCAGCCUGGUAAAAUAAUUAUAGUUUAUGAUGAAGAUGAGGCUCUAGCUCACAGAACGGCGACGACUUUGGUCGAGAGGUCAUACGAUAAUUUGUUUCUCCUAUCAGGUGGUAUGAAGGUUGCAUAUCAAAAGUUUCCUAAUGGUCUGUUAACGGGAACUCCAAGCCAGAAUGUGACUGAGGCCAAACAUCCUCCAACAAAUAUGGUCAAGGCAUCUAAAGAGAAAUUAUCAGAGGAAGACGUUAAUGGUCUUCACAUGCAACUCGACGCUGCCCUUUCUGACCGAAGUACUGGUAGCCGACUGUCCAAUGCUAGCACAUCGUCCAGCAGAAUGAGUGGAGCCACGUCACAGAUGUCCAGGGCCAGUAAGCCAGAGUGGGCGGUGAAGGGGCGCAAGGCAUUCAAGAAUUGACCUAUUUGUUACAUUAGUGUCAGGAUAUCUGAGCAGCAUGGUUUAGUCAAAAGGAAGGCUCGAGUCCCAAUGAAAAGCCUCCCUGGUGUCACAAGUACCUCAUAGAUAUGUAUGCAGCUUGAACGUUGAUGUGUGGAAGCACCAUUGGUUGUAUGGCAACAAACAGUUCAACAGUUGAAUUAAACUUUAAUGUUUUGAAACGGCUGAACACCACCUUUCUAUUUCAUCUUUGACACUAAUCAUGUAUGCAAUAAGUAAUAAUCAAACGUGUAAUACAGAAAUUACAACCGGUUUUCAUAGAAAGGUUCAAGGAUCCUUGUUCCACUGUAGGCAAACCACAAGGGAAUUCCAUCGAAGCUCAUCAUAAAUACAGUUACCUCCCCUUAAUUUCGUUUUGGCUAUAACUGUAGUUGGUCUUUACCAUCAAAUAGCCACUGACCAUGUCAGUGUGAUCACAUUGUCAUAAGAGGUAUAGAGUCCAUAUUCUGGUCUGGUUGGUGGCAUUAUUACUUGCAGAAAAGUGUUUCUACAUUUCGUAAGUAUUUUAUAUGAAAGUUCCAGAAACUUUGGACUCUUCAGAAAUGGUUUAUUAACCUUUUCACCCCUAUGCAACUUUAGUAGACUCUACCAUGCUUUGAUUUGGAUGAGUCCAUUAUGGUCUGCAGUGGUGAAAGGUUUAAAAGCUAUUGUCAUGUAGGUAAAACAGUUUCAAAUUCUUAGUUACCAUUUUCACAGUGGUACGGGGAUCCUUAAGUGAUGCGAUUUAGUUUUCAUAAUUUACAUUGAUCGAUAAACAAAUGUUCAACAGUUUUGAAAAAAUAUUUGUUCAUGCAUAGAAUAUUUAAAAGCUGAGAAGAGUUGUUAUUGGAUUUCAGUAGGUAAGAACAUCUGUCUACAUUUUGUGUAUAACUUUUCUAUUUUUAAAUAUAUCCAAUAAAAACAAAAGUUGAUCACACAUUUAUUAAAACUUAAAAAAUGGUCGAAGAAAAUGCUGUUAGAAAGCAGUUUAACCAACUCAGUUUUCAAAUGUACCUGAUCAUUCUAGUAAAAUAGGAAAAUAUUUAUGCUAGAGAUGUGGAAUCAGUUUCUUUAGAAUAAAAACAGUCGGUUGUACCAGAUCUGGGCCCAGUCGUUCAAAAGAUGAUAAGCUUAAUCACUGAUUAAUGACAUUUUUUAACCUCUAGUAAUUGAGUCAAUAUACAAAGUAAAACCUCUUAAUUUUGCAUGUAAUUUACUCUUCUGUUAUAUUUUCUAUCUUAAAAAUUUAAACUCUGUGAAUGGUUGUGUUUAAACAAUACACCAAAAAUAAAAUUUGCACUAAUCACUGAUUAAGCUAAUCCCUGAUUAAGCUAAACACUGUUCGAACAACUUGGCCCUGAACUUUAAAAGUGAUCUUUUAUCACUAAUAUGAAUAAAAAUUGUACAAGAUAUGAAUUUUACAAUAGGUGAUAUUUGAUCGCUAAUAUGGAUAAAAAGAUAAGUUGUACCAGAUCUGAAUUUCACAAGUGAUAUUUGAUCGCUAAUAUGGAUAAAAAGAUAAUUUGUACCAGAUCUGAAUUUCACAAGUGAUAUUUGAUCGCUAUUAUGGAUAAAAAGAUAAGUUGUACCAGAUCUGAAUUUUACAAGUGAUAUUUGAUCGCUAAUAUGGAUAAAAAGAUAAGUUGUAAAAGAUCUGAAUUUCACAAGUGAUAUUUGAAUUUGAUCGCUAAUAUGGAUAAAAAGAUAAGUUGUACCAGAUCUGAAUUUCACAAGUGAUAUUUGAUCGCUAAUAUGGAUAGAAAGAUAUGUUGUACCAGAUCUGAAUUUCAAAAGUGAUAUUUGAUCCCUAAUAUGAAUAAAAAGAUAAGUUGUACCAGAUCUGAAUUUCACAAGUGAUCUUAGCACUCUUGACAUCACGUUCGUCUUUCAUUCCCAUUUUAUGGAGAAUAUCUGAACAUUUUGCUGCUGCUAGAAUAUACUGACCACAUACUUAUAUAGUUGUUGGUAAAUUCCGUCCAUAUUUGUAAGUUUAUAGGAGAGGGAGUUAUCAAGCUUUUUAAAUUUAUUGCAGGGGAUUUUAUUUACCGAUUAAGAUUUUAUAGCUCAAAUCAAAUAUCAUUAGCAUGUCAUUCAUCGGAUGAGAGUGUUUGAUAGAUUAAAUUGAUUAAUGUCGACAUUCACUAUUCACUUAAACAUAAGGUUGAUUUUAGAAACUAUAUAAAAUGCAAUUUAGAGUUAGUGAUUAUUACACUUCUCAAUGUUUGGAGUGUGUCAAAAUAAAAUACACUUUAUGUACAAAGACUGUAAGUUGUAUAUUUUUGUAAUGAUCAACAUUUUGUUUGUUUAUGACAAUGGUGUGGCCUUCUGGUGGAGAAAGCAUGAUGAGAGUUGUUCUUUAUUAUUCUAGCUCAGUAUGCUUACAAAGGAUUAUCUCCCCUUACCUGUGUAUUUUGCUAUGCAAGAUCUAUAUCCUUUUGUAUUGCAUGAUAUUUUGAAUAUCACAUCUAGCAUGACAAAAUCAAACUUUGUCUUAUUCUUGAUAUUUGUUGACUUAUUUAUAUAGAAAAUAUAAUAUUCUAUACUUUUUUUUUCUUUUCUUUUUUCACUGCCAUAUAUGAUUUGAGAAGUGAUGAAAUAUAGGAAGUAGAUGAGAGUUGUGAAUGAGUGUCUUCUAUAUAUUAAAAGGCAUAGAUGGGAAGUGUGAGGGUGUACCCUCUAUAAUAAAGAUAAUAAAGAAUAGAGGAGAAGUUUAAGUGUUUCAAUGUCCUAUUACAAGGGGUGAAAGAGACGUAUGAAUGUCUUCCUAUGAGGUACUGAUUUUGGAGAGUGAUGAAUAUUUACCAACAAGACUUCAGGUAUUGUUUUACAUGUAUUUGUCCAUGCAAAAACUUUGUUGUACAGUAUUACAUUAUAAAUUUUUUAGACUGUCACUGACCCAGUACUAACAUAUUGAAAACUAUCAGAGCCCGCCUGUAAUUGUAAUCCCGACCCCCCCCCCUGCAAGAAAAAAAAAAUGGGGUAGGUUGUGAAUAUACUGACAUCAGCUUGUACAACUGUUUGUGGAUCAAAACUUGUCAUGCCAAACCCUCCUUAACUUUUUUGAAGGUUCCAAAAACACUUUAUCAAAUUAAUCAUGUUCGGCACAUUCUCUUCUCCCCUAAAGUUAUGCUGAGACUAUUACAGUUAUAAUUCAAGUUCUCUGGAACCAGUUUUGUUUGAUACUUUUUUGGAGCAAUUUAUAGGGUUUGUUCUGAAUUUUUUAAACAGCCAACAUUAAAAAAAAAAAUGUGGAUGGCCUAUUCAAAAUAGCCUCUGAUUGGCUGAGACAGUUACAGUUUUAACUCUAGUUCUCCAGGACUAACCUUGUUGAUUGUUUGUUGGGAGUGAUACAUAAGGGGGUAAUUUAUGAGGAAUGGCCAGCUUUUAAAUUCCAGGAUUUAAGGUUGCUGCCUUGGCUUCUAAUUGGCCAAGACGAUUAACGGUUAUACCUCUAGUUCUAUCAAGUCAACUUUGUUGUUGAUAUAUAAAGGAUAUAUAUAUAUUUUAUGUUGAACAACUGACUUUCAAGCUUUGAGAUUCAAGAUGGCUGCAUUGGCCUCCGAUUUGAUGAUACAUUAGCGCCUUCAAGUUGAGCUUUCUUGAGAAGAUUUAAAUAUCACUUUUCGCGAUGCUUCAUUUGUGGCUUUUGUGAUAGUUUUUGGGACAUUGGUAAUAGUUUCUGUUUAGAACUUAACAUAUGUGGACAAAAUCUGUACAGACCUCUAUGAAAUUUUGCACCCAUCAUAGCCACUGAAUAUGCAUGACAAGAUAUUUUACAUUUGACCAUUUCGUUGAUUAUUAGAAUAUCUUUGUAAGCACUUGGCUUGCAGUUUUAUUUUUGUAUUGCCCCUAUCACUAUAUGCCUUUAGUGACCUGGGUAGUGAGAAAAUAUAGAAAAAAAUAUUAUUUAAGGAUUCUUGAAAAUGUUUGAUUAAUUUGUUAAACUAGUAAAAUUUGAACAUUUUUUUUUUGUAAUCUGGCAUUAAAAUUGGCGUCAACCUGAAAGAUGAUUUUGCAAACAAUUACAAGUUUAAAAUAUAUUAUCAUUAUGGGACACUGUACAAAUCUUAUCGUCCCUAAAUAUUCUCACUGAUACCUGGUUCACUGUGUGACCGUUCCUGGCCAGUGAAUGAAGGGCAUUUUUAAUGAAAGUUUCAUAUAUUUUAUGUAUUUUUGUAAGUGAUGAAAUAUAACUAAAAGUAGUUACAAAAGACCACUGAAAGCUUAUAUGGUUGACCUGAUUCUGUGACCUUUGACUGGGCUUUAUUAGUGUUGUUUGAGCACUCUAUCACAGAUACCAAUUAAUUUAUUUGUUGAAUGUUUGAAAUGUUUCUUAUUUGUACAUAGUGUAAAUGUAAGCAUCACCUAUGUUAUCAAUAAAUCUCAUGAUGCUAA